AUGUCUCCAGAUAUUUCCUACACUAUCAGUGGAUCAAACCAGUUAAAGAUAAAACUAGAAGAAAAUGACUGUUCUGUAAAUGAUAAUUUAGAAUUUGGAAUUAGAAUUAAUUCUUACCCAGGUAAUAUGAAUUUAACUUGUCACAAUCCAACUGUUUCUACACCACAACUCUGUACACAGACUACUAGUAAAGUUACAACCACUAGUACAAGUACAGUAACAACUACAAAUCCAGUAACAACUACAAGUCCAGUAACAACUACAAGUCCAGUAACAGCUACAAGUAUAGUAACAGAACCGUCAGAUACUGCACCAACUGGUACUAAUACAGCAUCAUCUGUAGAAAUAUCUUCAACUGAAAAAGCGUCAAAAGGAACUACAAAUUGUCAGAAUAAUAAAACUAAUAACAGUACAGAUAUGAGUGAUCUAGAUGUAGGAUUGUUAGGAGGAUUGAUUAGUUGUAUUAUUGUAAUAAUAGUACUCAUUAUAGUCAUAAUUUGUAUGGUUAGAAAUAAGCAUCAGAAAGAAGAAAUUUACAGCACACCUUUAACAGUAAGACCACCACCAGAUGAAGGAUAUGCCAAUUUAGAUUUUACAUCAUCACGUCAGCAGCGAGUCUGA